AUGUCGGAAGCUGGAAAAACCACUCAGAAGCUGAAAUUGUGGUUAAACAGCUACAUGAACAUCAAUGACUCUUUUGCAAUAAUAAUUUUUCUUAUUGGAUUUGGUCUAAGACUGAGCACCAUCCAGUUGGCAAAUCAGAACGAUCUGUAUGCUAAUUCUAUCUUUAUUGCUGGAAGAAUAAUUUACUGUCUCAAUAUUAUAUUUUGGUUUGUGAGGUUACUGGAUAUUCUAAAUGUGAAUCAAGAUGCUGGCCCUUACGUUCUAAUGAUUGGUAAGAUGGUAAGUAUUUUUUAUUUUAUUGUAAGAAGAAAAAAAACAGUUUUGUACUGCCCUGUAAUAACAUUUGGUAAAUCAGUAGCACAUCAAAACAUCAAACUCUUCUCAAUUGCUAGCGUAUCAUUGACUUAUAGUUUGUGGCCACGUAGUAACCAACUAGUAGUAAAAAAAAAUAAAAAAAAUACAUAAAAGUUAAUGUUCUGCAGAAAAUAUAGUGUCAGUAAUUUCAUUUUAUUAUAUUUUUCUCAUUUGCUUUUUAACUGCCAAAACUUUUUAUUGCCUUUAUAAAUGUAGUACUAUGAUGUAGUUAAGAAGAAAUAUGUGCAGAGCAAAUACUUGAAUGAAAUAGCAUCUUAAAGCAGCAGUCUAAGAAGCAUAUCAACUUUAGCCAGCUGUAGUGGCUAUGGUGCCAGGAGUCCCCUGGUAACGUCCCAUUGUAAGAAAUCAAAUAGUUUUCUAAUAGUUUAACACUUACAUGGAUCCUAGGCAUGUGUAUGGUGACAUUAUUUUGUAAUUGCACUAAUGUGGAAUUUUUAGUUAUUUAGAAUUAGUGACAUCAAUUUCUCUCAAGUUUGGAAUUUUGGCCAAAUAUGGCCAGUUAUGGUUAUGGUGCCUAGACUUCUCUUUUAAAAGAACACGUUACUGGAUAUUUUUAACCUGUGAUCAGCCAACUUGCUAAAGUAGUUCUAAUGUGUAUUUUGAACUAUACUGUUCACAGUUUGAAAGGUAAAUUACUAUCAUUGCUUGUAAUUUUUUUUUACAACAUCACGUGUGCUUUCCUUCCAUAGUUCUUUCUAUAUAAACUCUCCUACAUUCAGGCAUAACACUGGAAUAAGCCAAGAAAAUAAUAUUAUGAUUUUAAUUAAGUAAAAAAGCAGAAUGUGUUUAUAUACCCUGUGAACUAAUUAAAAAAAAUCAAGUUUAUAUAUAUAUUUUUCUUGUUUGUUAUAGUUAACUAAAAUGUUUUCGAUCAUUGUGAUUAUGGGCAUUGUGAUAUUUGCCUUUGGUGUCCCACGGAGGGCAAUCCUCAAUCCUCGAGAGCCACCUAAUUGGUAUACAGCAAAAGAAGUGGUUUUUCGGCCAUAUUGGAUGACUUACGGUGAAAUGUUUGCAUAUGAGAUAGAUGGUACGUAUUACAAAUUAUAGAAGUAGAUUAUUUUUUUUUUGCAGAUAAACAUGCUCUCAAGUUAGCUUGCAUUUUACAUGUUUUGUAGAAUUUUCAACUUAUUAUAAAUUGUGUGAAUUUAUGGGUUUAUCAAACAACAACUAAAAAUACAUUUAAAAACAAUAUUAAUCUUCAAAUUAUGUGUCCUGAUAUUUUGAAUUACUAAUUUUUACAUGUAUCUGCUCUUUUUGUGAGCCAAUUUGAUAUUCACAUAAUUCUUUUUGUUGCUGAAAGUUGGUGAAUAAAGGACAAAAUGUUUAAAAACAAGCAACACAUCAAAAAUACUUUUAUUUAUUGGAUUUAAAAAGUCUUUACAAAUGUCACUUCAGGAUUUGGGAUAUUGGUUUAUAGCAUAUUUGACAAAAUGCGGGCAAAUUAAUUCCUAGCUAGAGAAUUUUCAAGAAAUUAAAAGGUAUUUCUUUUUUUGUUGUUGUUAUUUUUUUUUGACAGUCACAAAACUCUAGAAACUGCAGAGACAAAGUUAAGCUUAAAGGGACAAUAUAGUCACCAGAACAACUGCAGUUUAAUGUAGUUGUUCUGCUGUGUAUAGUAUGUCCAUGCAGACCUUUUAAUAUAAUCACUGCCAUUUGAGAGAAACCUCCAGCAUAGUUGGCACCCAAAGGCAUGCUAGUGCAGCACAGAGCAGCCUCUUCCUGCACCUCUACCAUGCUGCAAGAACUCCCGCAGGGCAGGAUGGAUGCCUUGUAUGUCUCUCCCGUCUCCAGCCACACAGGGCUGGCACCAUUCAUCAGGGCUCACAGUGGCAGAAACUAUUUUUGCCAAGCCCCCCUCAAAAUCUAGAUGCAGAGGCUCCACUUUCUUGGCCCGGCACAGCCUCAGAGCCAUGACCAGCCAUGACCAGCAGCCCCCAAGGUCACCAUAGCGAAGGUAAACUAGGCCAUGCGGCAUGUGUGCACAGAUUCCACCGCUCCAUUCCUCAGGUGAGCAUUAGAGUAUCGAGGAAGCUUGAAUAGGUGAGAUGAGUAAGCUAUGUUAGGAGAGGUGGUUCACUCGCAGACAGGUACGGCAAGUAAUAAAUGUUAAAGAGGAGGCCAGGAUAACCCCCACCAGCUGGUAGGGGAGCAAAGCAGUGGCAGAAGUCACUUUGGUCUUUCCGGUAACCAGGCUCCUUUGGUGUAUUUCGACCGUCCAGUUCCGACAUCUGGAGCAUGUAGCAGGCCUCUAGCUUUGACUUCCAGGCUGGAGCCAAUGCAGGGGGCAGGUCCAAAGCACCGGUGUCCCCACAUUCAAAGUGCGAUUGAUUACAAGCCAGCAUUAAAAUAAUGCUGGUGUAUUUCACCAUUCUAGUUUGCAAAGUAAUUGGGCGAGUUGGCAAAUUUUGGGACAAAUCUGGUGUUUUAUAGGAGCUGCUCGUCAGUUCGACAGUCCGCCCCCACACCACCCAACCCUGCCCACUUCCUAUUGUGUUUUUAAACCCCAUAUCCUCGAGAUUGUAAGUCUGUUUGAGCAAGGUCCUCAUCAACCUAUUGUUCCUGUAACAUUUUGUAAUUGUCUAAUUUAUUGUAACAUUUCGCCAUUUUAUAAUUUUGUAAAGCGCUGCGGAAUAUGUUGGCGCUAUAUGAAUGCCAAUAAUAAUAAUAAUUGAUGAUAAAAAACAAAGCAAGAAACUCAAUUUGAAGUGACUUUCAAAAUAUGGGGGAAAAAAUUGAUUCUAUAAUAAUUAUAAUAAAAUAAAUCAGGUUUCUUGUUUGCUCAAAUAACUAUUUCAUAUUUGUUGUUAAGGAGUACCUAGAAAAUAUAAUUCUGUUCAUUUAAACCAUGGGUCGUCAACCUGGUCGCUACCGCCCACUAGUGGGCGUUUCAGGAUUCCAGGUGUGCGGUAGGGAUUUUCUAAUUUUGAGAGACCGGGCGGGCGGAUGCAAGCCGGCGGUACCCCUGCGACCGGGUACCGCCAUCACCAUUUGCGUCCCCGGCCUGCGCGGCAAACCACCGGGGCCGCAUAUGGAGGGUUCCAUCGGGUGGCCCAUGCUGUCAGGGCCACCCGAUGGAUGUGGAUUGUAAGGGGGCCCGGUCAGCGCUGGGCCACCUAGUUUAACAGCGCGACCCGGCCCCCUGUGAUUACAUCACCGAGCUGGGAGGAAGUGACUGCACGUCACUCCUCCCAGCUAACACUGAGAGCCACGCCGGAGGAAGACCAGGGAGUCAGAGUGGGAACUCUGACACCCAUCCACCUGAGCCACCACUGGACCCCAUGGAAAGUCACCCUCCUGCACCUUAAAGGUAGGAAACAGGAGGGUGACUAAAAUAUUUAGUGUGUUUGUUUGUGUAUGCGUCUUUGUAUGUAUGUCUUGUGUGUGUGCGUGUGUCUGUCUGUAUGCGUUUGUCUGUAUGUGUGUGUCUGUAUGUGUUUGUGUGUCUGUGUUUGUCUGUAUGUGUCUGUCUGUAUGCAUGUUUCUGUCUGUAUGUGUCUGUCUGUAUGUGUCUGUAUGUGUGUGUAUAUCUUUGUAUGUAUGUGUGUGUCUGUAUGUGUGUCUUGUGUAUGUGUCUUUUUAUGUAUGUGUGUGUCUUUGUAUGUGUGUGUAUGUGUGUCUUGUCUUUGUAUGUACGUGUUGUGUCUUUGUAUGUAUGUGUGUCGUAUGUAUGUGUGUCUUGUGUCUGUCUGUGUGUAUGUGCCUUUGUAUGUAUGUCUUCUGUGUGUCUGUAUGCAUGUCUGUGUGUGUCUGUAUGCAUGUCUGUGUUAUUCUGUUUGUAUGUAUGUGUCUUGUGUGUGUAUGUCUGUAUGUGUGCCUGUCUGUGUGUCUGUAUGUGUGUGCCUGUAUGUCUGUAUGUGUGUAUGUAUGUGUUUGUGUGUGUGUCUGUAUGUAUGUAUGUGUGCCUGUCUGUUAUAGUGGGCUAUAGUAAGUAAUAGUAAGUGGGAUACCUAGCUCAGCCUUCCUACUGGGCAUUGCUAUAAGGAAGGUUAAAAAAAUUUUUAAAAAAAAUUUAAAAAAAAAAGGUGGGGAGGGGAAUUGAGGAGGGAGAGGAGGAGAGCUGACGCACAGAUGAAAAAUCAUAUUAUGCGCAAACAGAGAAGUCGUCUAAAUAUCAUCGAAAGAGGAGACCUUCGUUUGUUCCUUACGAAAAUCGAACCAGAUAUCAAAUAUUUAGUCUUGCAGCAUCAACCUCAAGGAUCUCAUUAAUCACUAGUAAAGGUAAUUUCAAUUUACUUUAUUGUUUUCUCAUUAAACUUUAUAAAGUUAAAAACAUUAUAAACAUGCAUUAAGUAGAAAUAAAAAGAUAAAUGUACGUACAUUUAUUUUUUUUAAAACACCCUCCUUUCUAAAAAAUAUUCCGCACUUGCGCGAAAACUGGUGGGCGGUAAGGAAAUUUUUUCAACCAAAAAGAUGCAUUAGUGGAUGGUAAGUAGAAAAAGGUUGACUACCACUGAUUUAAACACUUUUUUUUUUUUUUUUAUUAAUUUCAUGUAUUUGUUUCCAAGCCCAGAUAAAGUUAAUUGCAAUGUCACAUAUAAGUAAAAAUAUAGUCACCAUGCUGUUAACACAAAAAAAAAAAAACCAACAAAAAGACUCGGCCCCUUCUUUUGUAGAUCAGUUCCCCAUUUAUUUGUUUAUCAUUUGCAGAAAUAUUGGGAGAUAAAAAAGUAUUAAAGAUGAUAUAGUAUCCCCUGUCUCAUAUUGCAUCCUACAGGUGUGAAAAAUACUAGUAUAGAAACACAAACAUCAUUUUCAGGUGCUGUGGUUAAAUAAUAUAAUUAUGACAGAAAAGCCAAAUAUAAAUAUAUAUAACCUAAUAUUCACUAUGACACAUUGAUUAAUAAUCAGAAGGGAUCAAAGGGAAAUAGUUUUUAUUACCCUUUAUAAAAUGCAUCUAAAUGACAUCUAUACUAUGCGAUAUAUCUUUCCUCACAAUGUUUACCUUGAGAUAUGGUUCUCUAAAUGCAAUUCAGCUUUCAUUGAUUUUUAACAGUUGUUUGUUUACACUACAUGAAUUUGUGUUUCUCCUUUUCAAAGUGUGCGCCAACGAGUCUGUCGUUCCUGAACUAUGUGGCCCUGGAACAUGGCUGGUGCCUUUUCUCCAGGGAUUUUACUUGAUUAUACAGUACAUCCUUUUGGUUAAUCUUCUCAUUGCCUUGUUUAAGUAAGUACAUAUAAAAACGAGUAUUAAAAAGUAAUAUAAUAGUGUCCAUCCAUAUAUUUUUGGAUUGAAAAUUUGUAAUGUAUUCUUUCUUUCUUCUAUGGAAAUGUUCAGUCAUUAAAUUAGAUAUGUUGAAAGAUUAUAGAAUGCUUUACAAUCAAAUGUUGGUAACUUCAGUAACAUCUAAUGACUUUUGACAAAGUGCUUACAAUCCAAAUGUCAAAUUUUGCUGCUUUUAACGCCACCAAAACAGAACACUUUAUUGUCUUAAAACUGGGCCUAACUUGUGGUUUACAUGUCAGUCUUGUCACAACAAGCUUAAAAGACAGAUAUCGUAAGGUUAAAAAACUGUCACCUUCAUGGGCUUUUAGAUUACAUCACAGUGUGAAGGUUAUGGACCGCCAAGUACAGUGAUGACAGGCAUGUUUUUAAUCUAUUAUAAUCCAUAUGGAUAUUGAAUUAUGUGUAUUUGAUUAUGGGAUGGGGAGUGGGGCAUGAAGCUUGUUCAAAUUUUCUUCCAAAGUAAAUAGGGCAGAGGAAUAUGUUCUGCAAUACCUAAUACCAGGGAGAAAGAUCAGUCAAAUAGGUACUUUCCUCACAGCUAGCUUAUUGUAAACAAAAUGUUUGAAGAGCUCCUUGUUGGAUGCCAGACAGAAACAUGCCAUUAUGCUAAUGAUAAUUUGAUGAAUUUAUUGUUUUUCAAUCAAUUUACAGAACCAGUAGGGGAAGUGUUAGUAUAAUGUGUGCACAUGCUAUUAAAGAUUUAGCAAUUGUUUGACAUUACAAUUCAAUUACAUUACAAUUCAGUCCUGGCACACAUUGCAUUCGGAGAGGAGAAGCAGUACCUCCAUGUGCGAUAUUCACCGUUGGUAGAAAAGGACAGUGGUUAACAGUGAGCCAAGAGGAGAUCCUGAAUUCCAGAAAAUUCCAGAGCUGUGUGGAUUUUGAAAUUUAGUUUCAUUUUUCAGAUCUCAUACAAACACAUAUUUGUUAACUGUAGGGGAUAGCUACAUUUAAAAGUAAAAAUCCUGGUUAGUGAAAGGUCCCCUUUAAAAGCAUAUUUAUAGAUUUGCCUUUGACAUCUAUCACUGCUAUCUUAUCUGUAUAAAUGAUAUCGUAUGUCUGACUAUGCUAACCCACUGUAUACAAAGCUAUAGGUGACCCAUACAUGGAUUAACAACACAUUUUGUUCUUGUUUCUUGCUUUAGUAAUGUCUAUAUGCAAGGUAAAGCGAUGUCGGACAUGCUUUGGAAGUUCCAGAGAUAUCAUUUUGUCAUGCUUUAUCAAAACAAACCUAUAUUUCCUCCACCACUAAGUUUGAUUAGUUACGUGGCCUCCUUCACCAGCUGGUUAUUUGCACAGAAAAGAAGAUCCAAGCCUCAUGUAACAAGUAAGGAUUACAUAACUCCAAACAUUGGAUGGGGUGGGACGGUGAUGCCAGGCACAUCUUUGGUGGAACGGCUAGGUCAGAGCUGCUUUAAAGGAACACUCGAGAUACUUAUAGAACUUUAGCUUGCUGAAGUGUGGGCUAGAAUGUAGACAGUAUUACAGCUCAUUGAGAAGCACUGGAAAGACUCCCUGCAAAUAGACCAAAGAUCUGUGUUAGAGAAAGAGGGAAUGGCUUACAAAGGCUGCAGACAGCAGGUCUGCAGCUUUUGCAAACUAUUUUUUCAUAAACACCCCAAAAACACAUGCAGAAUAUUUUCUUUGAGGAUAUAUCCAGUAGUGGGAUUCCAAAACAAGGGGUAGAGUCAGCGCUAAUCGGGAAGGCAGCAGUCCCAAACAAGGACUCCCUCUAGUGUCCUUGGAAAUCAAUGGUAAAAGCAAGAACAGAUAAGGGGAUGGGUCUGCGCCAAUGUGUACACUGAGUAUUGAGUCCAAUAGGAUCUAUGUUAUCGUGUCCAAAGUUCUACUUUUGGUGGUAUCCAGAAGGUAUCGAUGUCGUGGAGAGUAAUCCAAAUAUGUAAAAAUAGAAGAGAUCUUACUUACAAUUUGCAGAGCUUAAUCCAGCUCUGGUGUGGAUAGCUUACAGCAGUAUUAUCCCCGCUUACAGGAUAUACGGCAGGUGUCCUCUUCUUUGUAGUAAUGGGUGGCCAAAGUUGGAAAAAAAUAAAAUAAAAACAGUAAUGGUGCAGUAUGUUCUACAUUUAUAUAAAAAAAUAUAUAAAAUAUGAUAGAUACACUCACAUUCGGUAGAGCUUUGACUAGCUCUAGUUGGUUAGGCGUACAGCGGUAUCAUCCCCGCUUAUAGGAUAUAUGAUGAGUGAUCUUGACCGGAAUAUCAGGAGUUCGGAGGGAAGGUAAAACAACGAUAGUGCUCUCAAUAAAAUCUUAAUGAUAAAAUAAAAUAAUAAAAUAUACUCACAAUGUAUAGGGCAGACUAACUGCUCUAUGUAACAGCAUAGGUGGUAUGAUCCCCACCUAUGAUUCUUGGAGUAUAAUAUGCAGGCCAGUAUAAGGCUUUAUCAAUGUAUAUAAAUGUAUAUAAAACGUUUAUAAAAUAGCCAGGUAACAAAAAAGAUGAUGGUUUAAACGUAAAAAUGACCAAAAUCUUUUUAUUAACAAUAUAUAAAACAGUAAAAAAUAUCCAAACGCGUUUCGAUUUAUUCUGGCAAAACGCGUUUGGAUAUUUUUUACAGUUUUAUAUAUUGUUAAUAAAAAGAUUUUGGUCAUUUUUACGUUUAAACCAUCAUCUUUUUUGUUACCUGGCUAUUUUAUAAUUUGGUCAUUCUUGGAGUAUAAUAUGCAGGACUUAAAAAAUAAUAAAAGAAGUAUAUAGUAUAAAAUGUAUAUAAAACGUUUAUAAAAUAGCCAGGUAACAAAAAAAGAUGAUGGUUUAAACGUAAAAAUGACCAAAAUCUUUUUAUUAACAAUAUAUAAAACAGUAAAAAAUAUCCAAAUGCGUUUCGCCAGUAUAAGGCUUUAUCAAUGGAUAAAGCCUUAUACUGGCGAAACGCGUUUGGAUAUUUUUGACCAAAAUCUUUUGGAUAUUUUUUACUGUUUUAUAUAUUUACUGUUUUAUAUAUUGUUAAUAAAAAGAUUUUGGUCAUUUUUACGUUUAAACCAUCAUCUUUUUUGUUACCUGGCUAUUUUAUAAACGUUUUAUAUACAUUUUAUACUAUAUACUUCUUUUAUUAUUUUUUAAGUCCUGCAUAUUAUACUCCAAGAAUUCUAGGUGGGGAUCAUACCACCUAUGCUGUUACAUAGAGCAGUUAGUCUGCCCUAUACAUUGUGAGUGUAUUUUAUUAUUUUAUUUUAUCAUUAAGAUUUUAUUGAGAGCACUAUCGUUGUUUUACCUUCUCUCCGAGCUCCUGAUAUUCCGGUCAAGAUCACUCAUCAUAUAUCCUAUAAGCGGGGAUGAUACCGCUGUACGCCUAACCAACUAGAGCUAGUCAAAGCUCUACCGAAUGUGAGUGUAUCUAUCAUAUUUUAUAUAUUUUUUUAUAUAAGUGUAGAACAUACUGCACCAUUACUGUUUUUAUUUAAUUUUUUUCCAACUUUGGCCACCCGUUACUACAAAGAAGAGGACACCUGCCGUAUAUCCUGUAAGCGGGGAUAAUACCGCUGUAAGCUAUCCACACCAGAGCUGGAUUAAGCUCUGCAAAUUGUAAGAAAGAUCUCUGCUAUUUUUACAUAUUUGGAUUACUCUCCACGACAUCGAUACCUUCUGGAUACCACCAAAAAUAGAACUUUGGACACGAUAACAUAGAUCCUAUUGGACUCAAUACUCAGUGUACAAAUUGGCGCAGACCCAUCCCCUCAUCUUUUCUUGCUUUUAGUGGGAUUCUAAAACCUAGUCAUGAACGCACACGCAAGCACAUCAACGCAGUCACACGUAUACACUCUGGGGGAAUGUGGGGGAAAUAUUUGAUGGCCAAACCACCCAUUAACAUAAGCAAUAGCCACAAGUACGCAAACAAAACAGGUGUGUUGAUAGAUAUACAAGAUAACUGAAUAGAAAGAAUUAAAGGGACUCUUCAGUGCCAGGAAAAUCACUCAGAGUGCCGCCUGGGACAGGAAACAGGAGACCUGGCAGAGAGAGAGAGCAGGUAAUGCUGCCAGGUCUCAUUUGAGGAUGAGGGGAGGGGGGAUGUGCAGAGCGGUAGGUUGCUGGGGCCCUGCGCUCCAUCAGGGGCUCCACAAUCUAUCAAUGGAAGAGAUUUUUUUUUUAUUUUGCCGUUCCAGUUGGAGAGAUCUCUAAGCCCCUGGCUGUCUCGUGCCUGAGUGGUCAGUCCGCCCCUGUAAGUGGUUACCUAAAAAAAGACUGUACAUACCCUAUAGUGAAUACCCUUUGUUGCCUACUUUUGCAAAUUUACAAAUCUGGCAAAUUUAAAUUUGUAAAAAUGUAAAUGGGCAAGCUCUUUAUUCAACCCUGUAAUUUUUCAAAACCUUAUUAAAACUGUACAUGGGGGUAUUGUUGUACUUGUGGGACAUCACAGCAUACGAAUAAGUGUUUUAUUGCAGUAAAAGGUAAUAAUAGUAUUAUGACAUUCACAAUUACAAUGCCAUGCAGAACUUGCAAAAUAAAAUUUUUUAAUUUCUCACACUUUUCUAGAUUUUAUUCAUAUAUAAAUAUAUGAAGUAAAAUAUAUAUUUCUCCUGAACAAAAUUAUAUAUAUAAUAAGCCUGAGUGCACUUAAAGGGACAUUAUAGUUACCAGAGCAACUACAGCUUAUUGAAUUUGUUCUGGUGAGUAGAAUCAUUCCCUUCAGGCAUUUUGCUGUAAACACUGUCUUUUCAGAGGAAAUGCAGUGUUUACAUUACAGCCUAGGGAUAACUUCACUGGCCACUCCUUAGAUGGCUACUAGAAGUGCUUCCUGGGGCAGUGUUGCCCAGUGUGACUGCCAUUCAGUGUCUCCUCCCGCUGCAUGGAGACACUGAACUUUCCUCAUAUGAGAUGUGCUGGCUUUGCCCCUGAUCUGCCUCCUUGACAGUCUCAAUCAAUUCUGUGGAAAAACAUUGUGAUUGGCUCAGAAACCCACUUCUCAUGAUGUUAGUUAAGCAGGCAGAUCAGGAGGCAGAGCCAGCAGCUGCAGAUUUGAGCACAAGUAAGAUAUUGCUAUAUUUAGGGAGGCUCAGGGGGGCUGGAUGGUGGUUUUAACACUAUAGGGUCAAGCAUACAUGUUGUUGUUCCUGACCCUAAAGGGUUCCUUUAAAAUGAAAGAGGUAAAUUAUGGUUGAACAGACAUAUAGCUCAAAUUUGUUUUGGUUCAGAACAUGGACAAUAUCCUUCGUCUUUAAGGGUUUAAAGUCCUAAAUACAUGCUUUUAAGGAACUUUUGAGUUAGAUGAACCAAGUAUAACAAAAACAUUAAAUGUUUGGUAAACUGUAUAGAAAUGAAAAUAAAUAUUUAAAAAUGUUAUUUUGACUUGUAUUUUUUAGAUUUUUUAUUUUACCCAAAAUGUAAUUCCUUUAUUAAGCUGACAUUUAUGAUUCUCAUAAACCGUGACACACAACAUCUGGCACAGCAGCUGGUGAGGACUGUGACUCUUACAUUGAUCAUAGUACCUAGAGGCUUCCCCAUAUAUAGGCAGGGCCGGAUUAACAUAGGGGCUGAUGGAGCUGCAGCUCCAGGCCCAUUGAUUUAAAAAAAAAACAAUUUUUUUUUUUUUUUUUACAUUUUUUUUUUCCACACACUACUCUUAGGGAUUCCACCUGGCUUUUAUUUUAUUGGCACAGCCAGUAUUUGAGGCUGCCUGGCUGGUGCCAAUAUUGCAGUGAUACUGGCAAUACAAAUGUUGGUAUUUUUAUCAGUAUAAACAAGAGAUUACUCUGCAAUACCAGCACUGGCCAGUAGGGGUCGCAGUAUUUGAGCAUAUCCCUCCCUGCCUAUCUAUACUCACUGAUCUGCAGGGGUGCAGCUACAGAGAGUCCAGACAACAACUCUCACCCUGUAGAUACAGCCUACAGCUCAGGGAAGUAAGGGAUGGGGGAAAGGCUGCAAGGAGACAUACACUGAGACACUAAGGGACAUUGGGAGACAUUAUGGCAGACACUGAGACACUAAGAGACACUGGGAGACAUGGGGCAUUGAGACACUGAUAGAUAGGAACACUGAGACCUGGAGUAAUUGACACAUGGGGGCACUGAGUCAUGAGGGCACUGGGAGACAUGGGGGCACUGGGAGGAAUCCAUCUAUACAGCAGAAUCAAACUAAGUAGUUUUUUGGUGAUUUUACAGCAUUUUCUCUUAUGUCACUCCUUGUGAUUUACAUCAUGUGAUGUCACCCAUACAUAUUUAAUUAUGCAAAUUAGUAAGGCCGGUAUGUUUUUCCAAGAAAGGUGGCAACCCUAACUACUUUUCACAUACUCUUACUUAAGUAUGGAAACUUAAGAGGGAUGUAUGGGAACAAAACUUGUGUGGACUGGCUGACAAUGAAUAUAGUUAAAGGGACACUAUAGUCACCAGAACAACUACAGCUUAUUGAAUUUGUUCUGGUGAGUAGAAUCAUUACCGUCAGGCUUUUUGCUGUAAACACUGCUUUUCAGAGAAAAUGCAGUGUUUACAUUACAUCCUAGUGAUAACUUCACUGGCCACUCCUUAGAUGACUGUUAGAGAUCCUUCCUGGGUCAUGGUUGCCUAAAAUGCAUCCAAACAUUCAGUGUCUCCUCCCUCUGCAUGCAGACACUGAACUUUCCUCAUAGAGAUUCAUUAAUUAAAUUCAUCUAUAUAAGGAGAUGCUGAUUGGCCAGGGCUGUGUUUGAAUCAUGCUGGCUCUGACCCUGAUCUGCCUCUUUGUCAGUCUCAGCCAAUCCUAUGGGGAAGCACUGUGAUUGGAUCACUUCUAAUGAUGUCAGCAGACUGCUUGUUUUUAUGAGUCUAACAGCAUGCAGAGUUACAGCUUCAGGCUUGAAUAUAGUAAGAUUUUGCUAUAUUUAUGGAGGCAUGAGGGGCCCAGGGGGGCUAGAUGGUGGUGUUAACACUAUAGGGUCAUGAAUUCAUGUUUGUGUUCCUGACCCUAUAGUGAUCCGAGUGACUUUGGUCUCUCUAACACUGUGGCAUGUUCCCUUUAUUCUACACUCACUACAUACAGCUUUUCUCUGUCCCAGACCAUAUACCAGAAUCUUCUGCCUGCUAGUAAGAAGGUAAGGAGACAAGUGGACCAGCGAGUGCUAGGGGACAGUCCUUAGAAAGCGUUGAGUGAGCGCAUCAUUAGAUGCAUUUAUGCCAAGCUCAGGGUGCUGUCUGCAUAGUAUGCCCUUAGUUGGCCAGCUGCAUGAUUGACAGGCAGCCUAACAUGCAUUCAUGCCAGGCUGGCCUUCUAAUUCUUUGAGCAGACAUGUCCUCUUUUUGGGCAUGUUUGCCCCUUUUGGCAGGUUACGUGAUUUGUGUCAGUGGCACACCCUUUUACCAUGCCCAUUGACUUCCUGCCUGACUGGAUACUGCUGUUAGGGGUUAUGGAUUUACUUGAAAGAUGAAAACAUAAAUUAGAGAGAGAUUAGCCUAGGGUAUGUGUUUUCUUAUAGCUGCUGUUUUCUUUCUCUCCAGCACCAUCAGAUACAUGAUGCUUUGGAGUGUUUUACUGUUUUUGGUCGAUAUGAUUCUGUAAUUAGGCCCGUCAUAAUUGUCAGCACCAGGCCCACUGGGCUCUUAAUCUGGCCCUGUAUAUAGGUCUUAGCAUGUGUAGACCCUUAGCUGACCAAAUCAUUCUUAAAGCCAUAAUCCAUGGUAGCUGGUGAUUGUCCAUUCUAGAUCUGAUUUACAUCUGUUUGUCUACAGAACUUUUUCUAACCAAAGAGGAACAAAAAUCACUUCAUGACUUUGAAGAGCGCUGUGUAGGAAUGUAUUUCAAUGACAAAAAGCACUUUGACAAGUCAAACAGUGAGGAAAGGAUCCGAGUGACAACAGAAAGGUAUUUUUAUUCAUACUCGGAGGAAAACAGUUAACACAAUGCAGCGAGCAAUUACUGUAUCUGGACAAUGACCACUUUAGAACUAGUAUCAAUUACUUCUCUCUCUGGGUUUUUCACCAGCAUCGUUAUUCAAUAAAGUGAGAAUUGUCAAGAAUUUAAAGUAAAUUUCUAAUUUCAUGCCAAAGUAGCUGAACUAGAAGCAUCUCUGACUUGCAGAAUUGGUCCAGAUUGGCUAUUUAACCCCUUAAGGACCAAACUUCUGGAAUAAAAGGGAAUCAUGACAUGUCACACAUGUUAUGUGUCCUUAAGGGGUUAAAAUUUGAUAUUCCCUUUGAAAUCCGAUAGUUCUUACUUUAGCGAAUAAAUCUGUAAAGUGUGAAAUGUCAAGAAUUAAAAGUGAAUUUCAAAUGUUAUGCCAAAACAGCCAAUCUCUUUCGGUUUGACUUUUCUGGCCCAAAAUGUUAAUCCUUUGAAUUCACUUUGAAUUCCUGACAAUUCACUCUAUAGUAAAUGACCCUGGCUUCAUGGUUUUCCUUUAAUGUGUUCCCAUUUUUGGGUAACUUGUCUUUGUAAUGAUAUUAUCUCUAAACAAAAAUUAAUAGAUUUAUAUAAAUGACAGAUCUAUUUGUGUUUUCAAGUUAUUUUUAAGUUUAUUCCAAUUUUUGUAAAAUAUAAAACUAUUAUGAGUAGUUUAUCUCAGCCAAUCCAAUGCUUCUCCAUAGGGAAGUCAAUUUGAUUGAGAACUGAGUCUGACUCAGUCUCACAGGAGAAGAGCCUCUAGUGGUUGUCAGGGAGACAGGCACUUAUGCUGUGUUUAAUGCUGCAUUCAAAACAUUGCCGUUCCUACAUUAUGGCAAUAUUUUACAUUCUGGAAAAGAUGAGGUGGUCUGAGUGCUUUUAACAUUCAGAUAUUGCAACCAGGAUGUGAAGCCUAUACUUUUAAAUUCAACUUAGAUUUAAACAAUAUAAUCAUUAAAUCAUUGAAAUACUAUGAUUGUUUCAUCAGGGAAAAUACUGAAGAAAAAAACUAAUUAUGAUACUUUUGUUUUCGUAGGGUUGAACAUAUGAGUGCUAAGAUGAAAGAUAUUGGCUGUCAUUUAAGCUUAAUUAAACAUUCAUUGCGCUGUUUGGAUAAUCACAUUGGACACUUGCAAGAUCUUUCUGGUCUUACAUUUGAUGCCCUGAAUACACUAACAGCUCAGAAAGCACUGGAGUCCAGCAGGAGUCAGAGUAUAGAUUUAAGUAGUUCAAAACAAACUUCUGAUGAUGGACUUGGACAAUCAACCACCAGGAGGGGUAGCAGAAGUGACCACAUUUGGAGGCGUUCUCUUUCACAUCCUAGUCUUGAAAAAAUUUUCAAUUCCCGUGUGACAAAAUCACAAAGGAAAGUCAUCAUGUCUGAUACAUCUCCUCAACACAGUCCUUUGUUUCAAAGAGUUGUGUUGUCACCUCUGGAGUUUCAGAAUGGUACACUUUAUAAUGAUAAGAAUGGUGUUCUUAACAGUCAGAAACAACGGCCACUAAAGUACCGAAAAGGAGUGAUAACAGCACAGACAUCGUUACAGUAUCUUGCAAAAAAUAGGAACAUAUCAGAAGUGAAUGUUACAAAGUCUGCUCAGAAUGCUUCUUCCUACUUGAAUCAUGGCAACAGUGUGUGUCUAGAUCUUGCAGACAUGGGCAAAGAAGGUGGAUAUGUUAAUCGUGGGUUUAUUGAUGACAUUGGCCUCAGUAUUGAUAUUUAUGAAAACAGUAUGAAGAACAAUGAACAUCUUCUAAAUCCACUUGCUGACCAGACAGAUGAGACAGAUGACACUACCAUACUCAAGUCACAAUGUCACCAUGAGUCACUUACUGGCAACUUUACUUGCGAAGACGAUAGCAUGCAAGAAAUACAUAGAAGAGAUAAUACGAUGGAGAGAGUUGAAGACAAAAUAAAUCCUUUGGGUAGAGGCAAGAGAUUUGCUGGUGUUGUUCAGAAACUUUUGAAGAAAUCUAAAAACACAGGUAUAAAAAAAAAAUAUUAAUAGUUGUGGGUUUGAAUGUGAUAAAAUAUCUCCUCAUCUAUUGUCUUAAGCUGAAGAGUAGUUGGUUAUGCAGUGAUUUUGACAAUAUGUUAGUCUCUAUUUAAAGAAUAAAGUAUAUAGUCACACAUGUGGCCAGGGAUUUCAGGAUGUGAUUUAUGUAUUUGGAUAGACAGACCAUGGUUAUGGGUUGAGACCACAAUCUUAAACUAUGUAUCUAUCAUGCAGUGGCACUGAGAAUCUCAGAAGAAAUGAAAAAUCUUAGAUUUUAAAGAGGACCAGUGGAAGCAAGGCAUGUUACAAGUUGCCAAUUUUACCACUUGCUUUUGAUCGUUGCCCUAUAUUAAAAAUAAUGUACACAUAAACCAUAGAUAGGUUGUUCAUAUUACACAAUCAGAGAUUGUCCUACACUUUCUAUACCAUGCUAAUUCCUACAAUACCUAUACAAUGCUAAUUCCUACACUUUCUAUACCAUACCCCUUCUUAGUUACUCCUAGUUCUUUUGCCAUUUUGUUACAGGUAUUGAGGAGCCUAUUAAUGUUUGGCUGUGUGCAUUUAUAGUGAUUAAAUAUUACAAAUAUUAAUUUAGUUAGCUUCUAGAUUUUGGACCAGUAAGUGCAAAAUAUAUAAACUGCUAUAAUGUAUCUGUGUAAAAUGCACAGUUUUCACUAGUUUUUUAAGUUUUAUUCAUGAUUAUUUUUUUAUAAUUGACUUAGGAAGAGGAGACCACGCACACACAGGGAAGCAGAUGUCAUUUGAGACAAAUUCUGGAGAAGCGGAGGUAAAUUUUUUAUUUUAUCUUACUUUGAAUUUAGGCUGUUCAGACCCUUUUCUGCCCUCUGUAGAUGUAUCACAUUUUCACCAAAAUGUUAAGUACAUAUUAUUGGCCACUUUAGAACGAAGGACGACAGAAUCUCAAAAAGUACCUUCCUGUAAAUAUAUAAGUAGUUCCACACUAAAUUAACAAGCAUUGUACUUAUAUAUUUUAAUUAUACUCUGCUCUUGGCAUUGUAUAAUAUGACCCUUUGGUUACACAAUUGAGACAGGGUGGUGGUGGAAGGGAGGGUAAUUAAAUUAUUUGUGUUUAGAAAGAAUUGGCAGUUUAUAAAGCAUGGUGAUACUAGGAAGACUGGGUGUGGGUAUACAAAAAGGAGAUGCUUAAAGCACCCUGCCAAGGUAAAUAAUCUAGUAGCACAAAUGUGCUCUAUCGUCUCCCACAUUUAUGUUUAUGUGAGACAUGGGAUGCUUAUAUUAAAUUUUCCCCUACCCCCUCCUCCCCCCACAGUUAUUUUGUGUGUACAUAACUGUUCAAAGAUGUCUAAGAAUGAAAAUGGUGCAAAUUUGCAUACUAUUAAUCUAAUUUAUUCAUUUAUCCUUUCAGAAAUAUUGAGGGCUAACCAAUAUUAGAGGUUAAAGUGUAUCCCAUACAGUGCAAUAUUUAAGAGACAGUUCCUAAAAUAAUAUAAGCACAUUUAUUUUCAUUAAUACCAUAGAUGAGAUAAAACAAAAAUGAAUAGACAAACAUCCUGCUUUUACGGAUAGUUUGUAAAGAAACUGCAUGCAUUUUUGGGAAUGCCAAUUGUUAUUAUAGCCACUCUGGGUAUUGUGCCCAUAUACAGUAAAUCUAGUUGCCGGAUUCUGUUGUAUCAGGCAGCACAGCAUGUUGUAGCAUUUUAUUCAAACUCCUUCCCAUUCUACAACACUGUACUUUUGAGUUCCAGUACAAUGUAUGAGGGGACGUAGGGUGUAAAGGUAUCCCCAGGCAUAAAAGGGGUUAACAGCCGUUUAGUAGAUCUUCCCCUUCCAGAGAUACAGGCACAGCUACUGUAGACACCAAUCCACCAAACCGGAGAAGCAUAUGAAUGCUGUAAACAGCCGAACCGGAACCAUACGAAUGCUGUAAACAGCCGAAUAGGAAAAACCAUACGAAAGGUUUACACUCCUAGCAGUCGAACUGGAACAGCACACAAUAAAUCCCCCCGAGAAUGAGACAAGGCUCCGUUUUGAGGGUCAAGCAGGAACAGACAGAGCUGUGGGUUUAUUGUUCUUAUAUACACAUUAGUACCACCCACAGGGUUUUGGAACACAACCAAUAAACACAUACAAUACACUCAGACACUCCCACAUAAAAGUCUGCCCUCUGCCUGUGAUACAAUUACCUUACACAAUGGGUAAUGUAAUUAUCACAAGCAGAGAAAUACAAUUUUUCCACAUUAUUCAUAACUUGAAAAGUAUGCAUUCACAUAAAACUUACAUUUUCAGAAUCAGCAUACUCCAAAUACAAACAUAUGUCAAAAUCAUCCAUAUUGGUCCAGUGGUUCAAAAGAUAGAUCGUAGUCCUUUGUGACCAAAGGAAGCAUGGCUUUUCUGCCCAAAACCAGUUCCACAGAGUCUUCUAUCCUGGAGAUAAUUGGGAAGUAAUCCAAUUAUCUCCAAGGACAGAGGCAAAACUCCAUUGAACACAUGGCAGCAAAAGACAAUAAAACACAUAAAAACAUAUAACUGUGCAGCCAUUGCACAAAACAGGUACAUUCAACAUAUCCCCAGAUAGCUCAGAUCUGAGCGCACAUUAUUACAGAAUGGCGCUCAGAGCACACACAUACAGUUCAAUUGCCAUGGAGCCAAAGUCUUUCCCAUAGUCUCUCAUUAUACGAAUGGGCUCCAUGGCAUAGCUAUCUGGGGUAUCACCGCUCAAACAGGGCCAGCACCGAAUGACCCGGCUUUCGUGUCUCCGCAGGGGAAAAUCAAGCGUUUUAUCAUGAGGCAACAGGUGAGCAACCAGGCCUCUCCAAUGCAAUGUGGCGAGAUUGCUCCCGUCACAUAGGGGUAGUCUUGCAUAGUAAUGAUACAAAGUGAAAGCUGGGAAUGGAGCAGACAAAAAGUGAGUUUGGGGUUUAUUAAAAAUAUUUUCCUUUUCACUGCACAAUAUCACAUUUUGUACUUAAUAUUUUCAGGAAUGUCUUGAAGAUGAAGAGAGUGUAAAAAACUGUGAAAAACUGGAUGAUCGUAGAUCAAGCUAUCACUCUGCUUCAACAAAUCAAUGUGAGUUGUAAUAUGUCCUAUACUUCUAUCUGAUCAAUAGUUCUCUUGUCUAUAUUUUGGACAUAAAGUAACAUGCUGGACACCAACAUAAAUUAAGUGCAUUUGAAAAGUUUUAAUAGCUUUUUGAUUCAUAUUCAUGCUUUGAAUUUCUCACUGUUAAAAUCUCUUUAGUUUUGCUUUAAAAAUGCUUUUCAUUAUAACUCUUGGCCAUGACUUCCCUUUUCAGAAAAUAUUUUCCUCAUUGUAAAGUAAGAAGUGUAGUCCAACCAAUAAAUAUCAGUGAGAGCUGAGUUGCUGAUUUGAUUUGUUUCCCGCAACCAAUCACUGUUCUCUUAUAAACCAUGUAGUAUUUGUUAAAAGCCGUGCUUAGAGGAAAGGGGAUAAAUAUUAAGAGGGCAGCGAUUGGCUUCGGUGUGGAGCUGUGUCAGCUGUGCAGUUCACACCGAUCUCUCAUUGGAUGAGCUGGGUAUGUAUGUAGAAAAUAUCUAAUAUAUUUAAUAAGCUGGGAAAAAUAUUACACUGCAGAAAGCUGCAAAACCUUUUGCCUUUUCAGCAAAACUAAUGAGAUAUGAAUGUGAAGUAAAACAGCAUUAAUGUGUACAUGGUUGCUUUGGUGCACAAUGUAUGACUAGAGUGUCCUUUUAAACAAGAAAGUCAUCUUUUUGUUAAUUGGUGGUGACAAUAUUGACUUUAUUCUAGGUGUCUUGCAAAUUCAAAGCUCCAGUCAUUGUUACAUAGCUGAAAAGAGACUUGCGUCCAUCAAGUUCAGCCUUCCUCACAUAUGUUUUUGCUGUUGAUCCAAAAGAAGGCAAAAAAACCUAGUCUGUAGUGCCUCCAAUUUUGCAACAAACUAGGAAAAAAUUCCUUCUUGACCCCAAAAUAGCAGUCAGAUGUCUCCUUGGAUCAAGUAGCUAUUACCCCACUAAUUAGAAAUGAUAUCCCUCUAUGUUAUGUUUUUGAAAGUAUUUAUCCAAUUUCACUUUAAACAUCUUUAUGGAUUCUGAUAAAACCACCUCUUCAGGCAGAGAAUUCCAUAUCCUUAUUACUCUCACCGUAAAAAAAAAACACUUUUCUUUGCCUUAAAUGAAAUCUCCUUUCUUCCAGCCUAAAUGUGUGAGCACGUGUCCUAUGUAUAGUCCUGUUUAUGAAUAGAUUUCCAGAUAAUGGUUUGUACUGGUCCCGAAUAUAUUUAUAUUGUCCGCUUUAUUGGGUACAUGUAGUACCCAUUUGUAGUACAGCCAGAAUUCUUCAUGACAGGGAUUCAAUAAGGUGCUAAAAGUAUUCUUUAAUGAUUUUUGUCCAUCUGUUUUAUACUUCCUACGAAUUAUUUAAUCACACAUUUAUGCCACUAGCCUCUCAAUCUAUCUUUUUCAAAAGUCUGCCAAAUUGGAGCCUCUGCAAAUCCAUGUGAGUAAACUACUCCAGUCAUGGGACCAGCUGAAGAUGGUGUGAGCUUUGUCAUCUUUCUGCGUUACCAUAAAAAACAAAGAAAAAGGUUACGUGCGUGCUAUCCCAAAUCUCUAUGCACAUUUAAAUUACUGGAGGUGUUUUAGUAUCACUCCAGUGGCCAUUUAGGUGUACGCUCACCCACCUUGUCAAGCCAAAAUUUUGACCUACACUAACAAUUCACCUUGUAGUCUUCAGCUAUACGGUAAAAUCUCUAAUGAGACAGAGAGGGGUAUUUUUCUAAACCCCUACUUACUUAUUAAUUCUUAAAAGGGAACACAUGGGAUUGGCGGCAGCACUGUAACAUGGCUGUGUGAUACAAAAGCAAAUACAAACAUAUGUAUGUUCGUAAUCAACAUUUGUCAACAUUGCGAAUGCAGCUUAGAUGAAUUUGGCAUUUCUCCCUCAAGUUCUCUCUCUAACAGGUUGCUUUUACCAUUACAUAACUGCUGCUAUAAGAAUAUUUUUGUUAAUCACAUUAUUCUCUCUCAACCCUAAAGAUUGUCAUGACUUCUGUCAUGUUUAUGAGCAGUAAUCAUGUUAUGUCUUCCUUAAACCGUAAUAAAUGUGCCAGGCCAUGUCUGUAUGCAACUGGUACUUUUACUAACUGACUCCAACUGUCCAAAAGAUAACUGUCAACUGCCCUUUUUCAAAUGUACCUGCAAGCUCCGCCCAGCUGAUGACAUCAUGCCUGCACAGCAACCCAGUGCCAUCCGGCCAAACAAGCAUGCACAACACUACAUCUCAGACUAUGGUCAAAGUCACUGUUAUAUUUCUCAUACAUAAAAAAUAAACCUCUUGAUCUUAUCUGCAUGAUUAAAUAUGCAUCACACCCAGUCACAUUAGCUAUUAGGCUAUUCACAUUAGCAAGUAUUCGUAGGGACGGACUGAUAGCAAUCUGGGCACCCUUGAAGUCCAAUACAUACACAGACGCACAUUGUUUAUUUAAUAAUGAGUGCAUUACAAUAAAUUGAAACCCAAACGGCUCAUUUUAAAACAUUCACUACUAUAGUUACAAAAUGGCUAUAUUAGCCUACAUUUUGCUAUUCAUCUUACUCUUUAGUGAAUAAACACUACAGCUUCUUAGUAAUAAAUAUUAGAGGAUUAAAAAGGAGACUUUUAGGCCAAAAUAGCUGAGCUGGUAAAAUACCUGAGUUGCAGAUUUUUUCCGUUUGGUUAAUUUAGUCUACAAUUUGUGAUCAUGUCAGAUUUCCACAAAAAAAUGUUCAGUAAAUACCUACCUGUGUGUGACGCCACAUUCUCCCUCCCGCGCUUUCUGUUUAAAGCUAUGAGGAAGUGAUCGUCUGUCGCGCUCUUAAAGGAGCGCAGCGCCUGACAGGGUCCCUGUUCAGCAAUACCCACUGAGUGGCCUUAAGUAUAUGGGCCACCGAAUGGGCCCCCAAAGUGUGUGGGCCCCACAGCACUGGUGGAAGUUCCACCCAUGAUGCAGGGAUAGUUUCGGAGAUCUGCUGAUAUCCCAACUGGCCCAAACAUUCCUCUGUAAGCAGGCCCCUGACUGCCAUUGCCCCUCAGACUAUGACUGAAGGGCCAGAGUGGCCAGUCCGUCCCUGAGUAAGAGUACCUAAUAAAUCGAUCCUUGGGUGGAUAGACUACGAGACUUGUGUAAUUCCUUCUGCCGAUUAUAAUGAUUCAUUUUAAAUUUUCUCCUGUCAAGUUGAAUGGAAGCGGUUUUGAGGGAUUGAGGGCCCUGCUCAAUGAGCUUACAUGCUAGAGGGAGUGGGGUAUAGUGACACAAAAGCUAAGAGAAGUAUUAGGGAAGUAGAUUGGUAGAAUAGUAUUCAAUGAAGACUUAGUGUGGGGUUUUUUGUGGAGCCAUUAACAGUUUAAUUGAUAUACGUUUGUAAAAACUUGAGUUUUUAAUGAUUUCUUUGAAGGAGUGGAGACUGGGUGAGCGUCUAACGGAAAAGGGAAGGGCGUUCCACAGAAGAGGUGCAGCCCUAGAGAAGUCUUGAAUGCGAGCAUCAGAGGUGGGAGUACGAACAGAGGAUAGACGCAGGUCUUCGGCAGAGCGUAGGGGCCAAGACGGGACAUACUUGUGUAUUAGGGAGGAUAGACAGGUGGGAGCAGCAUUAUGUAGAGAUUUGAAACCAAGAACCAGAAUUUUAUAUAGAGCCUUAUAUCUUACGGGAAGCCAAUGCAGGUACUGAGAGAGGGGUGACGCGUGGGAGGUGCGGGCGGACAGGAAGAUGAGCCUCGCUGCUGGAUUUAUUAUAGCCUGCAGUGGGGCAAAUUGGGAGCAUGUAAGACCACUAAGAAGCGGAUUGCAGUAGUCAAGGCGAGAGAGGACAGUGGCAUGGACCAGCACCUUAGCUGCAUUAUAUAAAUGUUUUUAAUUACAUUAUUCAUAAGCAGUAACAUCAUGAACCCAGUACUACAUAUUUUAAAUCUUUACAGGACAUAAUAAAAUAUCUAGCUAUGGAUUUAGUACAGAUACUGUGAAUAUUUCAUUUACUGUGUCUCUGUUACACUUCUGCUGUCUGCAUCCAAAAUGCCAUCUAACAAUUGCCUUGUGUUUCUUACUAUAUCAUGAGCAGGGCAAUCUGACGAAACAGCAACAUUUUAUGAAGAAUUACAGCAGUCGGACUCAAGGGCAGCUUUAUUAAAGGUUUGUGUCAAUUCAUGUCUAAACUUUUUUUACUGUUCUCUGUUUAACAUGGACCGGAAUAAUGCAGACAAAUUCAAAAAACAAUGCCGAGUAUUAUACAUGGCAAACAGCAUCCAGCUAACCCUGGAGCAGAAAAAAAAAAAGUUAAAUGAAAACGAAAAAAGUAAUAGUCGUGGGAUCUGCUAUUACACCCAGGAAUAAACCUGAAACUUUAUGUCCCUCCAUUAUAGGAAAUGUAAGGUUCCCAUAGAUUAUUAAAUACUACUGCUUACAAUAUAUCCAUAUACAGGGAGUGCAGAAUUAUUAGGCAAAUUAGUAUUUUGACAUCAUCCUCUUUAUGCUUGUUGUCUUACUCCAAGCUGUAUAGGCUCGAAAGCCUACUACCAAUUAAGCAUAUUAGGUGAUGUGCAUCUCUGUAAUGAGAAGGGGUGUGGUCUAAUGACAUCAACACCCUAUAUCAGGUGUGCAUAAUUAUUAGGCAACUUCCUUUCCUUUGGCAAAAUGGGUCAAAAGAAGGACUUGACAGGCUCAGAAAAGUCAAAAAUAGUGAGAUAUCUUGCAGAGGGAUGCAGCACUCUUAAAAUUGCAAAGCUUCUGAAGCGUGAUCAUCGAACAAUCAAGUGUUUCAUUCAAAAUAGUCAACAGGGUCGCAAGAAGCGUGUGGAAAAACCAAAGCGCAAAAUAACUGCCCAUGAACUGAGAAAAGUCAAGCGUGCAGCUGCCACGAUGCCACUUGACACCAGUUUGGCCAUAUUUCAGAGCUGCAACAUCACUGGAGUGCCCAAAAGCACAAGGUGUGCAAUACUCAGAGACAUGGCCAAGGUAAGAAAGGCUGAAAGACGACCACCACUGAACAAGACACACAAGCUGAAACGUCAAGACUGGGCCAAGAAAUAUCUCAAGACUGAUUUUUCUAAGGUUUUAUGGACUGAUGAAAUGAGAGUGAGUCUUGAUGGGCCAGAUGGAUGGGCCCGUGGCUGGAUUGGUAAAGGGCAGAGAGCUCCAGUCCGACUCAGACGCCAGCAAGGUGGAGGUGGAGUACUGGUUUGGGCUGGUAUCAUCAAAGAUGAGCUUGUGGGGCCUUUUCGGGUUGAGGAUGGAGUCAAGCUCAACUCCCAGUCCUACUGCCAGUUCCUGGAAGACACCUUCUUCAAGCAGUGGUACAGGAAGAAGUCUGCAUCCUUCAAGAAAAACAUGAUUUUCAUGCAGGACAAUGCUCCAUCACACGCGUCCAAGUACUCCACAGCGUGGCUGGCAAGAAAGGGUAUAAAAGAAGAAAAUCUAAUGACAUGGCCUCCUUGUUCACCUGAUCUGAACCCCAUUGAGAACCUGUGGUCCAUCAUCAAAUGUGAGAUUUACAAGGAGGGAAAACAGUACACCUCUCUGAACAGUGUCUGGGAGGCUGUGGUUGCUGCUGCACGCAAUGUUGAUGGUGAACAGAUCAAAACACUGACAGAAUCCAUGGAUGGCAGGCUUUUGAGUGUCCUUGCAAAGAAAGGUGGCUAUAUUGGUCACUGAUUUGUUUUUGUUUUGUUUUUGAAUGUCAGAAAUGUAUAUUUGUGAAUGUUGAGAUGUUAUAUUGGUUUCACUGGUAAUAAUAAAUAAUUGAAAUGGGUAUAUAUUUGUUUUUUGUUAAGUUGCCUAAUAAUUAUGCACAGUAAUAGUCACCUGCACACACAGAUAUCCCCCUAACAUAGCUAAAACUAAAACAAACUAAAAACUACUUCCAAAAAUAUUCAGCUUUGAUAUUAAUGAGUUUUUUGGGUUCAUUGAGAACAUGGUUGUUGUUCAAUAAUAAAAUUAAUCCUCAAAAAUACAACUUGCCUAAUAAUUCUGCACUCCCUGUACAUAAUAUUAUAAGUGUUGUCUCUUAUAUUUAGCAUAGUGAGGAGAGACUUCUUCAGCAGGUAAAUGGACAGGAAUGGACUUUUGCAUGACAACUUGCCAUUUAGACAACAAUUUGUUUUCUUGUCUCUUCAAAUUACCAUGGGCAUGAGAUCUUAGAAACACUCAUUGAUCAGGGGGUGCGUUGUAGAGAUGAAUCCCCCCAGAAAAUCUGGUGCCGCUUUUAAGAUCAUAUGAUACACUGUUUAUGAAAAUGUAAGAAAUUCAAGAAAUACAAAACAUGUUAAAGGAGUUAGUUAUUCUAUUAUAUACAGGGAGUGCAGAAUUAUUAGGCAAGUUGUAUUUUUGAGGAUUAAUUUUAUUAUUAAACAACAACCAUGUUCUCAAUGAACCCAAAAAACUCAUUAAUAUCAAAGCUGAAUAUUUUUGGAAGUAGUUUUUAGUUUGUUUUAGUUUUAGCUAUGUUAGGGGGAUAUCUGUGUGUGCAGGUGACUAUUACUGUGCAUAAUUAUUAGGCAACUUAACAAAAAACAAAUAUAUACCCAUUUUAAUUAUUUAUUAUUACCAGUGAAACCAAUAUAACAUCUCAACAUUCACAAAUAUGCAUUUCUGACAUUCAAAAACAAAACAAAAACAAAUCAGUGACCAAUAUAGCCACCUUUCUUUGCAAGGACACUCAAAAGCCUGCCAUCCAUGGAUUCUGUCAGUGUUUUGAUCUGUUCACCAUCAACAUUAUGUGCAGCAGCAACCACAGCCUCCCAGACACUGUUCAGAGAGGUGUACUGUUUUCCCUCCUUGUAAAUCUCACAUUUGAUGAUGGACCACAGGUUCUCAAUGGGGUUCAGAUCAGGUGAACAAGGAGGCCAUGUCAUUAGAUUUUCUUCUUUAUACCCUUUCUUGCCAGCCACGCUGUGGAGUACUUGGACGCGUGUGAUGGAGCAUUGUCCUGCAUGAAAAUCAUGUUUUUCUUGAAGGAUGCAGACUUUUUCCUGUACCACUGCUUGAAGAAGGUGUCUUCCAGGAACUGGCAGUAGGACUGGGAGUUGAGCUUGACUCCAUCCUCAACCCGAAAAGGCCCCACAAGCUCAUCUUUGAUGAUACCAGCCCAACCAGUACUCCACCUCCACCUUGCUGGCGUCUGAGUCGGACUGGAGCUCUCUGCCCUUUACCAAUCCAGCCACGGGCCCAUCCAUCUGGCCCAUCAAGACUCACUCUCAUUUCAUCAGUCCAUAAAACCUUAGAAAAAUCAGUCUUGAGAUAUUUCUGGCCCAGUCUUGACGUUUCAGCUUGUGUGUCUUGUUCAGUGGUGGUCGUCUUUCAGCCUUUCUUACCUUGGCCAUGUCUCUGAGUAUUGCACACCUUGUACUUUUGGGCACUCCAGUGAUGUUGCAGCUCUGAAAUAUGGCCAAACUGGUGGCAAGUGGCAUCGCGGCAGCUGCACGCUUGACUUUUCUCAGUUCAUGGGCAGUUAUUUUGCGCUUUGGUUUUUCCACACGCUUCUUGCGACCCUGUUGACUAUUUUGAAUGAAAUGCUUGAUUGUUCGAUGAUCACGCUUCAGAAGCUUUGCAAUUUUAAGAGUGCUGCAUCCCUCUGCAAGAUAUCUCACUAUUUUUGACUUUUCUGAGCCUGUCAAGUCCUUCUUUGACCCAUUUUGCCAAAGGAAAGGAAGUUGCCUAAUAAUUAUGCACACCUGAUAUAGGGUGCUGAUGUCAUUAGACCACACCCCUUCUCAUUACAGAGAUGCACAUCACCUAAUAUGCUUAAUUGGUAGUAGGCUUUCGAGCCUAUACAGCUUGGAGUAAGACAACAUGCAUAAAGAGGAUGAUGUGGUCAAAAUACUCAUUUGCCUAAUAAUUCUGCACUCCCUGUAAAUAGACUUCUUAGUGAUAAAUUUCCCGUAGAAAACAACCUGAUUUAAUGUAUGCUACCCUAAGUAGGUCUGGGAUAAUUAUGAAAGGCUGCCCCCUCAGAUUUUUCUUUUUUUUAUGAAUUUUUGAAAGGAACUCCCUGCAUUCAAUUACUGCAUAUUUUUUUUCUUUAUCAUAGGAGUCCUAUUCCAGCAGAUAUUCUUCAAGUUGCAGUAAAUUGUGAGUUUCUACAUGAGAUCCUGUGCGCUAUUUGCAAUGUAAUGUCUGUUAUUUAUAAUUUUCUAGCUGUGUAAAGGUAUAUCUUUACCUUACACUGUAUUCUAUGUUUUAUAAGUCAAUACUGAUUAGUUGAAUCACAAUCACCUGAUUGUCUACGAAAUGCUUGCAUUUAGAACAGACAGGACACUGGUUAGAUCCGUUUUCUGCCUGGAGUGGGUGUUGAAAACAUAAGACAGAAGAAGCUAAAGCUUUGUGAUGCAUGUCACUAUUCUUGAUAAAAAGGUCAAAUAAACUUACGGAUAGAAAUGAUAGUACAGUAAAAAGCAGUUCUGUCACCUCUGGUCACCUUAUGCGUAUUUCAUGAAAUAAAAUUGAAAUUCCAACGCAACCAAACAAUAUAUUAUGGGCAAAGUCCAGGUUGACAAAAAUUGGCAACUUUUGUCAGUUCCCAUAAUCAUUUCAUGCAUUGUGCGAGAUCCCAAGGGCUUGCGGCAUUAUCCAAAGACCUCUGUUACACAAGGGUACAGCAGUGAUAACGGCUCCAGGCAGAUGAAUCUCUGAAUAGUAAAAGAAGAAAGUUGGCUAUGCUUGGGAGGGAUAUCUCCAGAUUAACUAACUUUAGAUUCAGCUGUGGACUGUCACACACAAAAUGGGAAUGUCACCUUCCAGGGUGCUUGUAAACAGUGUAAAGACCCCUGUAACGGGGCUCCUGUACUCUGACCGAGUACCUUCGCCAGGUUAUCUUCUUUGCUGACACAGGGGACCCUGUAACGAUUCAGCCCCAGUCACCGAAGCUUGACUGUGGUCUCUCUGCAACUCCUCCACCCGACCAGGCUGCAGCUCUCUUCUUCCAGGCAGAUAUCAUCCCCUCUGCCUUUUUAUCUUCAGCUUCUUUCUCAGGCAGGUAUUCACACCUCUGCCUGUAAUGUGAUUAGUUCCUGCCUUUACAAAGGCAUUUGCGGCUCUUAGGCCUGGAUCUUUUUGACUUGUCUCGGGAUACAGGGAUCAAGCAGCCAGCCAACAGGUCUGAAGACUUUGCUAUUGGGAUCCCUGAACUAAUACACACAGGACACACAGUUCCAAAAGAAACUUACAUAACAUUCUUUUUUUUUUGACAAGGAAUAGCCAGUGGGGACUAAUCCUUAAGCAUGUGGUGAAAAGCAGAAAAACAUUUAAAAUACAACUAUAUAGAAUGUUGAAGAACGAGAAUGUAUAGUUUGUACAUUGAUUGCUGCUGUCACAUGCUUUCAUGGGUUCCUGUGACCAGUUUCAUAGUUUGUGGGCAAGAGGCUGGCCUUCAAGCCUUUCCAAAAGUCCUGACAUGGAGGCUUCUUUCACAACCUCCAAAAGUGACAGAGACAAUUUUUAAUUGUUAAACAAUUCACACUGGAGAGAAAAUACAACCUCUGAUAAUAUUUCUAUAUAAUACGAUUUCUUUGAUAUAAAAUGUUUUAAACACUCCUGAUUUACUUAUUCUAUUUUAAUUCCAGGCCUCUGGAGAAAGAAUUCCUGAAUAGUAAGAUAAAACCUGUCAAAUAUGUGACAAUGUGAUUGUACUAAUUUCUUUUUAAUUGGUUUUCUUUCAAUUUUCUUUCUUAUUUUGCCUAUAUAUACUCAUAAUGAAACAUCUGCAUUGGUAUUUUAAAAUGUAUCGAGUUUCCUUGUGCCCUGUUAUAAAUAAUUGGAUGGAUGUGUGUUUGGAAGCAUUAUAUCUGAUAUUUAUACACGUAAUGCUUCUCAGCCUCCUUUUAGCUCUAGAAAAGCCAUGUUUCAGCCACUAGCUAAUAUACAAGUCCGUGUUUCUUCUUUCAAUCAUGUAGGGAAAUUAUUUUAAAGAACUAACUUAUUCAUCAGCACUCUACAAUAUUAAAAUUAAAACUUUGCUAUAGGUCACAUGGUAUCACUAACCAUACUAUUGGAAUGUAUUCACUAAACUGGGAAUUGUGGAUAACUAAAAGAGGUGUUGCAGGUUUUAAGCUAUAAUAGCAGCAAUUGAAAAAAAUGUCCUACUCUGGUAUUUUUCCUAUUUUUGGCAAGAUACACAAUUCCUUUUUCAAUUCGCCAUAAUUCCUUGUUCCAUAGCCCCUCGUGGCCCACCAAACUUAAACUCCAAUCAUAAACAUUGGAAGCAUAAAUUACUUAGUAGGCCCACCAGGUUCGCACUAAACUCUUGUUUGGAAUCCACUCAUUGAGCUAUGGUAACUCCACAUUCACUAUCUACAUGUGGUGUAAGGUCAUGAUAACAGUAACUGAAGGAGCUGAAGCAGUACCAAAUAUCUCCAUUUCUCUAAGUACUUCCCACCCAUUCACCCACCCAGGUUCCCACUAAAUUUAUAGCAUGAUCCUCUAACUGUUUGAGAUCUUACUUAAUUACCUCAUCAUUUCCUUUACAUUUUAUGAGUAGCUGCAACUCUCCAUUAACUUCCUUUUUUUUUUACUUCCGAAUUACGCCUGCUACUCCUUGUCUGAAAUCCCCAUUAUAUCCUCUAGAUUGUAAGCUCAUGGGAAAUCUAACUAAACACUUUGUAUAAAAGGCCUUCAGUGACUAGAUCUCAGUUCAAGGGCAGGUUUUUUUCUUUUGUAUUGGUCUGUGUAUAUUCUACGUUCUCCCCUAAUUGUACAGCACUACAGAAUAUGUUGGCACAUUAUAAAUGCCAGUAGUAAAAUAAAGGAGACCUACCAAAUGGGCUUUAAAAGUCAAGAUUGUCUUGAUUAUAGAAUGCUGCACAGAAACAGGAAGAUGGCAUACAAUUAAAUCAAAACAGCAGACCAAACCAAAUUUAUUCAGAGAACACGUGAACAAAUUUAAAACUCUGAACUGAAGGAAAAAUCCAACAUGGAUCAUGCUACAUCAUGAGCAAAUCAGGAGAUUCGAGCGAAGAGUGACAUCAUGGGUGUGAGGCAUGCUCACUUUCUCUAGCAGUUACAAAAUGUUAGAUAUUUGCCCGCAGGCCUUACUGUUAGACAUUGGUUGAUGCUGCCCCCUCUUCUUAAACCUCCCCCUUUAACUCCUCUAUUUUUUCUCCUCUUUUCUUCUAUCUCCUUCUCGUUUUAAGGAGCUGAAUAUACUUCACUCCUUGGCAUUUACUCCGGAGAUAUAAUUUAUUGCUGUUUCUCUCUGUUUCAGGAUUUAAAUCUCAUUUCACCCCAUCCAUGGACAUCUCGUUCUACUUCUCUUGUAAGAAAACCUAUUUAAUAUCUCUUGUUGCAUAAUGUUGAUGAUCAUUGAAUGGAUACAAUUGUAUGUGUUUUUCUUGCAGCUAUUGAGAGAAACAACUUGUAUCGCCUUUCCCAGAGUAUUCUCUUUACACCUUUACCACCAAUAGGUGAGCAUACGAUAUGUAAUUGUCAUUUCACAAAGACAUUUAUUAAAGAAAUGUAACUGAAUGAAAUAAACUAUUGGUUAUUCUAAAAUUAUGGUACUGUUCUAGCCUAGAACAUUGGCAAUUAUGAAAAAAGUCCUUCUGACCCAUUUUUAAUAUUCACAUAAGAUCAGUAGCUGCCCAAAUGCCUAGUCCUACAUUACCAUUAUUUAAUAAAGGAACAGGAGUGUCCAAUCCACUGUUCCAAUGUGUGCCUCCUCAUCUUAAUAUCAAACCCUAUGCUACGUUUUAAUAUGUUAAAAUAUUAUGGGCCAUACUGGGACUUGACAGGGGGGACAGAACACUUGUUCUGCUUAAUAUGGGUCUUUGUGAACGUCCUGAUUCCAUGCUUUAGUUGGUGGAAGAAGAGAGACACUGGAUUUCACCAGGAAUCCUGGCUACUUGAAUACCUUGGCAUAGUAUUUCAGUUCUGUAUGGCAGGUGUUGGAACACUGUUUUCACCAUAUCUUUGCAGCCUUAAUUACCAAGGGAAUCCCAGCUAUACAAUAUUGUUAAUGUAAUGUGUUCACUCAAGAGUCAGUGGGGAUUUGACCAGUAACAUACUUAAAAAAAAAUAAAAAAUCACACCCUUGUCAUUAAAAUAGUCUAUGUGUUGCAGGAGAACUGGUAACAGUUUAUCGUCUGGAAGAGAGCUCUCCAGAAAUCAUGAACAAUAGCAUGUCUUCCUGGUCACAACAAGGCUGCUAUGCCAAGAUUGAGUUUCUCGGGAGAGAGGAGAUGGGGGGAGGCCUGAGACGGGCUUUGAAAGUAGCAUGUGCGUGGUGUGAAGAUGGUAUCCUUAAAGGAGGGCAACUCUACAUCAUCAAAUCAUUCCUUCCGGAGGUUGUGGAUACUUGGUCAGGUGUAUACAAAGAAGACACAGUGUUACAACUCUGUCUUAGAGUAAGUACUUGACAUUUAACCAUAGUAAAUACAUUCUAUACUUAGUGUACAAGAAGAAUGUUACUUCCCAACUCCACCUAGACGAAGACAGCACUGCAGCAUCACAGAUGACGAUGGUAUACAGGCCAGAGCUUGUUUGUAGAUCUGUAUAUUUUUUUACAAAUGUCCAUGUGUUCAAAAAUUCUGUUCUGUUAAACCUACAAUACAAUUCCUUGAUAAAAAUUGGAGUGUGAGGUCAUGCUUAAUUUCAAAACAGCGCGGAACAUAAAACAAGCCAGUGCAGUCCAGAGGAUGCCUUAUCAUAUGUGCGCCAUGCCUGUCAUCCCUCCAGCAUGAUACCUUAACCAUUAAACACAUUAAUGGUGGAAUACAUAUUUUCAUAGCCCUGGUGGUUAUAUUUAGAUUUUGUUCUGAUUUUUUUAUGUCUUUUCAUUUUAGGAAAUACAACAACAACGAGCAGCUCAGAAGCUCCUGUUUGCUUUCAACCAAAUGAAGCCCAAAACUAUCCCAUAUUCUCCAAAGUAAGUUGUGUUUCUUGUUUGUUCUAAUACAAUGCUUGACGUGACAUUCCUAGUAGAUACAGUUUAUCUUGACUUCAGAUCUGAUCAAGAACAACUUUGGAACCUCCCUCCUUGUAAUGCAUUAAAAGAACAAAUUGCACAGACAAACUUUCAUCCAACAAACAAUUCGGUCUUCAUCGCAUUCAUUGUAGUUUGUAUUUGUUUAUUUGUCUUUUGGACAAAUGGACAAUUAGCCAAAAGUCAGGGCCAAAACAAGAUUUCCAAAAAUGAAUGCCUAAGUCUAAAAAUUACCAACUUAUUUUAGCUGUCAGUCAGUCUAUUAUUUUUUUGUUUUAGCACUGGUACUCAAAUAAAUUAUAGGUGCUGUCCAACAUUAUAGACUAUCUCUGCCAAUGUCCUCAUUAAGAAAUGUAAUUAGCAAUGUUUACUUCUAACUGGAAUGAUCAAGCUUCCAUGUGUAAUCCAUGUCAUCCACCACAAGUUAUCCAUUUCAUCCCCCCAAGGCUAUCCAUAUCAUCACUCAGCAUUGACUUGUGUUGGAUGAUAUGUGCGAUUAAUAUCGAUUAAUAUUUUCCCCCACAAGAUUUUGGGUAAUUUUAACCAGUGCCUUAUGGUAACAAAACAUCUGAUCAAUGUUGUUGAGGGUUUUAUUUGAAUGGUUUCUUUCUAUAUCAAAUCCUUUCCUGUACCUAUGAUGGUAUUGUUUGUAACAUGAUAUUAGAACAUGUAAGACAUAGGAGAACAUCAAAUACUUAAUAAAAAUGAAAAGAUUUUUCUCAAUAUAAGAAAUUACUCUCAGAGAUAAUGUUGUCAUAUAGAAGCUCAUCAAAUGACCACAUCAGUAUUCAUUCAACUGACAUACGGUUGAACAAAAUUGAAAACAAACACACUUACAACCUACAAUAUAGGCAUUAAAAGAGAACAUUGAUAUAAGCUAAGGUUACUCAGAUAUAAGGCUUAAUAGCAUUAAAGCAUGAACAUAUACAUACCUAAUGAGUGCAAUACCAGCAUCCAAUGAUAUAGAGAUGAGAACAAAAAAGGAAAAUACCUACCCACGUUUCAGCAAACAACCUUUCUCAAGGGAGGACCCCUUGCUUUUGAGAAAGUUUAACUCAUAUGGAUGAUCUCUCUUAAUGCCUAUAUUGUAGGUUGUAAGUGUGGUUUUCAGUUUUGAACAAACUUGUGUCAGUUAUAUAAUUACUGAUGUUUUAAGUAAUUUAAUGAGCUGCUAUAUGACAACAUUAUUAUAAUAUUAUUGACAAUAAAGAUUGUUUUUAUUUUUGUUAAGUAUUUGGUGUUCUCCUGUGUCUUACAUGUUCUAAUAUUGUGUGUGUAAUGCUCUGUGGGAAUAGAGUGUGCACAUUGUUGAGCAACUUCCAUAGUGUUCUGGUGGUAUUUAACAUUUUACGUUGUUUGGGACAUGAACAAUUCAUUCAGUGCCAGGAAUGUCUUUUUCCUUUUUAGCAAAUUCUGUCCAUAUCUGGUUAUUUUCAUUUUGGGGGGAUUUACAAAUAUUUAAUUUGUUUAUGUAUUGGACAGGAUUCUGGAAGUGUUCCUGUUAUACUGUCACUCAGCUAAUCAGUGGUUCACUAUUGAGGAGUGUAUGGCUGGAAAAUUUAGGAAAUACAAUAACAAUACUGGGAAUGAAAAUGUUCCGAGAAAUAUACUUGAGAAGACCAUGCUAGCAUUCAGCCACUGGACGUAUGAGUACACAAAAGGAGAAUUUCUGGUCCUAGAUUUGCAAGGUAAUGAUAUGCAUGUUUCAUACCAAGAAAAGUUAAACCCAAACAUGUUUUGUUAAAAAAAAUGAGACAAUGCAUUCUAUCGAAAGGAAACAAAUACCAACUAAGUAGUAAGUAUAAGGCAAGCGGGUAACACUAUAGUACAAAUAUAAAACAAAUGUUGGUAUAGAAUUAAGGUAUUUGUAGUGCAUGUUUAGUUUUAGGUGCUUUAUUGAAGCAUUACAUUAGAGCUUUUCAUUAGAGCUUCUCAUUACAUGUAGCCUGACUCUUCAAUUAUAUAGUUUCUCAGCAUAGCCUGUGGGGAUAUUUAUGGGGUGAUAAUAUUAAACAGUGGAGAAUUGCCCACUAUUUCAAUUCUCUUAGAUCUUAGAGAUCGUUUAUCAUGUAAGUGAAAAGUACGCCAUACAAUUAAGAUCACAAUGUGUUAUAAAAAUAGAUUUAAUUUAUUGUAACAAAUUAAUUAACAAAUAAUAUUAGGCAGCAUGCAUGAUAAUAAUCAGUGAGUAUUUAGUAUAACAUAAGUAUACAAUACAAUGGAAUGGCUAUACACGUUCCAAUGGCUAACAGCAUCAUCUGUCACUUAAGAUUUAUGAGGGUACUUCAUGGACAAAAGUAAAGCUUUUCACAGCGAAAAGCCAUAAAACCUUGGCUAACAGUUAAAUCAACUGAGUAACCCUUUCAAUGCUGGCUAGAUCCCCCUAGGCAUAUAGUAUCCUAUUCUCCUGUGAUUUUCAAUUAAAAUAACAUUUGAACCAACUCAUUAGUCAUUUCCUGGAACCAUCCAAUAAGAAUAAUCUACCAGAUUUUUACAAAAGUUGAAUUUUAAUUUGCCUAAAAAAAUAUCUUAUCUUAUAUUAGAGCAAAUCAAUACACCUGGAUAAAAACAGCGGUAUGCUAACACGUUAUACUAUCACAUUAAUAUAUAAUUAUUCUUAAUUCCACCUGCAGAAUGGAUUGUUUAUAACUAUAUAUUCUUUAGUUAACUAAGAUUUCUAAAUAUUGAAAUCUGACCGUGGUUUAUCCAGUCAUAUAUCAUGCUAUUAGUAAAUUUUAAUUAAUUUAAAUUAAUUAAAUAAAACCAGCAUAAUUACCAGUUAUGUAGAUAUUCUCAUCAGAUGAGUAAGUAGUCCCUGAAACUUGAUUGGUUGUAUGGAGGUGCGUGAGUAAUAGAGAAAGUGGUGUUGGUUAGAAAGUCAGAGUAAAAUUCUAAGUGUCAAAGAGUUUAAGAGUUGAGUGUCCAAGAGAGUUUAAGAGUAGAGUGUUAGUCCCAGAGAAUGUCCUGGAUCUUUCUGCAUGUCCGAAUUGGAAUCCCCAAACUCCAACUUGUCUCUCUCUCUCAACUACCUUAUCUUCCCUUUGUCCUAACUUUUAAAGGGCCAGACUCUCUGUACGUCAUUAGUUGAUAAGCCAAUAGGAAACUGAAAGGUAUGUUCAAUCUAUGGAUCGCAAUUUAGGUAUUUGAUCCAUAGAGGGCAGUCUUGCCUAACUAAACCUUCCUAUCCAGGAAAGAGUUAACUUUUCUUGAUGACGAUUUUGACGUCAUUUGGCUUAUCUAAAAUGACUACCAUAACUUAGAUUUGCUGUCAGUUCAAAGCGUUUGUCUCAGUCUUUGUGGCAACUACUUUGAUCGUAAUUUGUAAAAUUGACAGUUCUAAACUCAAUUUCACCCCUUACUUACAAUGGAACCUUGUAAAAUUUAGAAAGUAAAAUUAAUUACUUAGUCUUCUCUGUCACUAGUGUCUGUGUUUAUAUAAUGCAUUCCUUUAGCUCAAGCAAGUGGCUAGUUACAGAAAGUAGGAAGAAACUAUGUCUUUGUUAUCCUAAAGAUAGCAAAAUGGAGUCUGCUCUGUUCUGAGUGACUCUGGCAAUAUAUACUUUUAAUUUCUUUCUUAGCACAAAAUGUCUGCCGAUAUAAAUAUCCUGACAAGCCAAAGCAGGCAUGACAUCAUCAUCCUCAGUGGUAUACAAUGGAUGCAUUAACAAAACAUAGGGAGAGAAAACAGUUCUUUACCUUAUUAGACAAACUGGUACGGAAGGAAAUUAGGUCCCUGUCUGUGAGCCUAAAGUAUAGCAAUCAAAAUGCUUUAUACAAAGUGCAUGGAGAGAUGGCAAAUGGGCUUACAAUCUAAAGACAAUGCAGGGUGUGAGGAAAACUAUAGCAAGCUUUUCUUCAGAUCUGCAAAAUGCUAAAGCAGUACUAGAUUAGUGACGUCAUAGCCAUUGAGCUAAAAACUACACACAAGUCCUAAAAUAUAAAGCUUGAAUUUGUGUUUCUGUUCUCAAGCGCAUGAACCCCACCUGCAAUUAGACUUUGCAGCCAUUGUCUGCCACAGAAAAAUGCAGUGGAAAAGCAAAAAGUGGUUAGUGCUCAUCCUAUGGGGCACAGGGAACCCAUCUUAUGGACCAUCAGCUUGGCGACUCUUAUAUGUAAUGAUCCUAGGGCACAUUUUGGUGCAUCAGGGCACAGAUCAGAUACAGUUUAUUAUACCCAGUGCCAGAGCUAUAUUUCGCACUUUAGGUUUUAUGGACGGUGUUUCCUAUGAUGCUCAGCCAGGCAAAAGAAGAUAUUUGUGCCUUAUAGGCCACACACAAGUAAAUAUGGCACCCAGCAUUUCAGGUUGGGGCUGAUCACAAAACAGAAAUGCAACAACUUGGGAUUAUUACAAAACAUAGGACUGGAGCUUCCCCUCAAAUAGCCCCUACGUUAGUCUGGCCGUUAGGUAAAGGUAGAAACCAGCCACAAACCGCAAUGAGUUCAUUUGUUGGGAUUCUACUGUAAGUUGUCAAAGGCAAACUAUAAACUGCCAGAGAGAAUUAAAGGUAGGAAAAAGCCACAUAAAUAAGUCAAUCAUCAUAGCUGAAUUUUUCAAUGUGAUGUUCCAAUAGUAACUGUUACAAAUUGCAAGUGACUGAUGGACUGUCUUCUGUUAUAUGUUAAAAGUAACUAUUACAAGCUACCAAUUAGUCCUAAUAUUUGGAUUCUGUAGCAAAAUGUUAAAUCAGAUUACUAUUGCAAUAUGUCAGCAAGUCCCUCUAUGGUGGGGGACAAGGUUUGGUUUUGAACCGGUUCCUCCAUAUUUCCGGAGGACUGACUCACUGACCAGUGUAUGAGGCAUUUCUAGAGGAACACCUAAUUAAACCAUUACUUUCAUUGAUGCAAGGAGCUGACAUCAGGGUCUAGGUAAGUAUUUUUAAAAUGGUAGCUGACUUUAAUAGGUUUAAUAGUUUUAAUUUUGAAUAAUACAGAAAUAUAAUUUUGCUUUUUAAUUUGAAGUCUCAUAAAUCCCUGCUUCCAAACAUUUUAGAGUCAGUAUUACACCUACCACCACUUCUUGAGUCCAAUAUCAUCUACUUUAACAAUCAGGAUCCUUCUCUAAGCUGUACGAUAUAAGAAUUAAAGGGACACUCCAGGCACCCAGACCACCCACUACCCUUAACCCUGCAACUGUAAUUAUUUCAGUUUUUUAUAAACUGUAAUAAUUACCUUGCAGGGUUAACUCCACCUCUAGUGGCUGUCUACUGGAUAGUCACUAGAGGGCACUUCCUGGAUCAUAGCACAGGAAACCUGUGCUAGAGCGUCGCUGGACAUCCUCACGCUGUGUGAGGACCUCCAGCGUCGCUCAAUUCUCCAUAGGAAAGCAUUGAAAUGCAUUGAAAUGCUUUCCUAUGUGGAGCGCUAAUGCGCAUGCGCGGCAUUGCCGCACAUGCGCAUUAGGUCUUCCCAGGCCGGUGGGCGGGAUCAGUCUCGUCCACCGGCCGAUGCAAUCACUAGGAGGAGCGGCGGCAGAGGAAGAAGCAGCGACGUGGGACAUCGUCGCUGCCUCUGGUAAGUAACUGAAGGGGUUUUCAACCCUUCAGCAACAGAGGAUUGGGGGUUGGGAGGGAGAGGGGACCUGCAGUGCCAGGAAAACGGAUUGCUUUCCUGGCACUGGAGUUUCCCUUUAAACAUAUAUCAAUAUUUCCUUAUACAAUUGUCAGUGUUCCAUCUCUGGCUUCCUGCUUUCUCUCCUUUCCCAACAUGUAAGGUAUUUUUUCUUUGUUAUUGAUUCAGCUAUUCUUUCUUUGGAUUGGACUCUGUAACAUAUGACUGGAUUCUUGAAUUCCUUCUACCUUUACAUACCAUGCUAUCACCUUUAGAUUAUGUCCAUGUAUAUAUAUACAUAUAGCAGGUGGACUAGUUUGCAUGACCUUUAUCCAGGCAAACAUAUUGACUUUCUAUUCUAUUUUUACAUAACAUAUUUGAUGUAGACUUUUAUGGAAAACUAAUUCCAUAUCUUAUGCAUUUAUGUAAAUACUGUAUAUUUUUAGCACAAUUGCAAUAUAUUAAAUCUUCAUUCGGGUGCCUUUAGUCUAGUUAUAUUGCCUUUAGUGUUUUCAAGGAGGGCCAGCAUCAUCUCUCAUUUUUGUUUGUCCAGGUUUGUAUGUUAUAUUUGUAUGUUAGAUUUACUGCACUGUUUAAUGCACAGUGUUACAUUGAAUGUUAGAUUUACUGCACUAUUUAACGCACAGUGUUACAUUGUAUGUUAUAUUUACUGCACUAUUUAACGCACAGUGUUACAUUGUAUGUUAGAUUUACUGCACUGUUUAAUGCACAGUGUUACAUUGUAUGUUAGAUUUACUGCACUGUUUAACGCACAGUGUUACAUUGUAUGUUAGAUUUACUGCACUAUUUAACGCAGAGUGUUACAUUGUAUGUUAGAUUUACUGCACUGUUUAACGCACAGUGUUACAUUGUAUGUUAGAUUUACUGCACUACGCACAGUGUUACAUUGAAUGUUAGAUUUACUGCACUAUUUAACGCACAGUGUUACAUUGAAUGUUAGAUUUACUGCACUGUUUAACGCACAGUGUUACAUUGUAUGUUAGAUUUACUGCACUACGCACAGUGUUACAUUGAAUGUUAGAUUUACUGCACUAUUUAACGCACAGUGUUACAUUGAAUGUUAGAUUUACUGCACUAUUUAACGCACAGUGUUACAUUGAAUGUUAGAUUUACUGCACUGUUUAACGCACAGUGUUACAUUGUAUGUUAGAUUUACUGCACUAUAUAAUAUUACAUUAUUGCAAAGUAUAAAAGAGCGCAGAAAAGAAAAAACACAAACAUUAUAUAGAAAAUGUAUACACUAUACAAUACUUUUAUUCAAAUAACAUCAGACUUAAGAAUAAUAAUAAUGUAAAAGCUUGCAAUAAAAGAUAUAUAUAUAUAGAUAUAUAUAUAUAUAGUGAAAGCUAAAAAAAGGUGGAGGGGGAAGGCAGGGAAUGGGGCGGGGGAGAAAAGGAAAGGGCAUUAACACUAAUGCUUCCAGUCCCAAGUGUGCGCACUUUUGACUCCCUAAAAAGGGAAAGAAGAACCGGAAGAAAAAAAGACCAAAAGACAAAAACCUAAAACAAAGAUCCAAAAUGAAGGUCCGACUUGACUUUGAUGGUCCGGGCCGUUUCCCGAGUAGGUCUGCCGGUCUAUUGAGAUAAAGAUGACUUACUGGAGAGACGCAAAGGUGGAGGAAAGUGUUCCCUCGGGCCGGGGCUUGUGGACCCGAUAUAUCUUUUACUAACAUCUGUUCACCAACUUUGAACGAUAAGUUUUAAACCAACGCACUUAUGUCAUCUUUAUCUUAAUAGACAGGCAGACCUAUUCGGGAAACAGCCCGGACCAUCAAAGUCAUGUAAGACCUUUAUUUUUGGCGUUUUAUAAAUACCAGUAAUAAAUAAUAAAUAAAUAUAGAUUAACAUUAUAGUAUUGAAUAUUGUGUGGAUUCCCUACAUAUAUGUCGCUUUUAUUACAUAUGGGCUGUCAUAUUUGGGCACCAUAUUUGUAGUGCAAUUUUCCAACCUGCUUUGGAGUCCAGUACUCCACAGUAAUAUCAUUCAGUGUUACAUUGUAUGUUAGAUUUACUGCACUAUUUCCUGCAUAUAACGUGAACGGGAAUAAUUUAAAAUAACAAAGAAUUGCAAGGCUUGACACUUUUCACUUGAGGCUCUUCAAAUUAUUAACAAAGAUAAAAUACAGAGAAGAUUAGACAUGGUAUGCAAAUGAACAAAACAUUAUAAAGCAAUAACCAUGCUGGGACAAAUUAUAACUGUUAACCUUUGUCUUAAGGUGUUGGCGAGAAUUUGACAGAUCCGUGUGUUAUCAAGGCUGGAGGAGACAGGUGAGAGUUUCUAAUUGUAGAAAUGGUUUACCGUUAGUCCUUUUUAUAACAGUACUUGACACAAAUAUAUUAAGAUUUUUGGCAGAAUCAUAAAACAUUGUAUGACGUACAGGAUGACAUAAUGCUGCUAACAACUGUCCAAAGUCCAACAAGUUCAAUAUUCUCAAUAUAUUCCAUGGAGCUAUCUUCUGCUAUUUGUGACACUCCACCCAGUCUCCCUAAUCAAUAUAUGAAUAUAUAAACUUCUUUAUGUGAUCUAGCAUUACAUUUAGUCGAUUCUUGUAAGUGUGAAGGAGAAGAAAUAGAAGAUAGUAUGACAUAUGAGGAGAAAAAUCAGAUUAUUUUGGCUCAAUUUCUAUCAAGCUUCAGGUCUUUAGGGAGAUGGGCAAUUUAAAAAAAAAAUAAUUUGUUUUUGUAGUGCAUGGUAAACAACACAAGAAAAUAAAGACCUUGCAAAUAGAUUGUAAACAAGAUGUCACAAAUAUAAAAAUACUGCCCCAUUUUUGUUAGAAAAUCAUAAUAAGAGAAGUCGCUUCCAUAAUGGAUUAACUGUGAACAAGAAUCAUGUUAAUGAUCAGCGUAUAGGGUAAAACAAACAUCAAAUUAAACACAUGCUUAAAAUAUAUCCAUCUUAGGCUGCAAGUGGGUGAGUGACAUCAGUGGCAAAGUUCCAUGUCAGGAAGGAAGCAGAACCAUGUCCUUUUAGCCUAUGCCUGUCGGGCAUAAAUCACAGUCCAUCUGUGCCCAGAAAGGGUAAAACGCAGAUCCAUAGGAGCAUGGAUUUCCAGUGUGCAAAUGAGGGGGGGCUAGGCAGGGCUUGUAGUGAGAGGUGUCUUGCAGACUGCUACACCAAUGUCUUCUGCACAGGUGUGCUAGUUGCUCAGUAUGUAGGACUGCACCUUCUGCCGUAUGAUUGGUGUUGGGCUAAGCGCUGAAUUUGCCGCAGCCGGACCUGUCUCACCAUCCCACGUGUUCAGCCUCGGUCCACUCUGAACACGCAGCCCUCUGGGGCAAGCUUCUUCCCAGCAGAUAGGAAGGAGGCAAGGUAAGUAUUGGUGGUUUACCUCUUGUUGCUUUCAUGCAGUCUCUGAGCCUGGACCAGAAAUCUUUACUAAUACACAGUCUCCCGCAGCCCGUCCCCCCACUCUAAUACACUGGCCCUCCCCCAAUCUAAUACACUGCCCUCUCCAUCCAUUCUACUAUAAUACACUGCCCUCACUCCUACCAUUCUAAUUUAAUACACUGCCUCCCCUCCCUUACUCUUAUACACUGCCCCCUCUCCUUCUCCUUAACCUAAUACACUGCCCCACUCCCUCCACUCUAAUUUAAUGCGCUGUCCCCACUCCCACCACUCUAAUUUAAUACACUGCAUUUCCUCCCUUCCCCCAGUUUAAUACACUGCCCCUUCCCACCACUCUAAUACACUGUCCCCUUCUUCCCACCCAAAUACACUGCCCCUUCUCCUUCUACUGCCUCCCUCCCACUACUCUAAUACAUUGUCCCCCUUCUGCCUUCACCCAUUUAAUACACUACACUACAAGAAGGUUCCCCCAAGCCCCUCUUCCGCUACCUUAAGCCGUUCAGUCCAGCCCUGCAUGAUCUUCUCUGCUCAAGCAGGCUACACGCUCCUCUAGCACUGCGAGCAGCAAGGCAAGGGGAGUGGCUGGCCUGCUCUGCACACAGCCAGCCACUCUGCACACAGUAGCAUUGCUGCGCAGACACCGGAUAUGACUCCAUACUCUGUAUGCACACAUCCGAUGGCUGGCGUGGAAGAAUGUUUUGCACUCUUGUGCAAUUUCCCAGUAUCCCGGUAGGCCUGUCUGGCCCUGGGCCGCAAAGAUACUCAUUGUGGGCCAUAUACGUCCCGCGGACCACAUGUUUGACAUGCUUGAUGAAACAUUUUACCAAUCUCUCUUAUCAUACCACCCUUUUCUGUUUUUUUUAAUUAUCAUACUCUUUUGUUGUUAAUAUUCUAUGUCUUCCAGAUCACAUGAUAUGAUAUUUGGUCCUGCAAACCUUGGAGAUGACGCCAUCCAAAACUUCUGCUCUCGGCAUGAAUGUAACACUUGCUGCAGGAAUUUAAAACUUCCAGGUAAAUUUUAAAUGAGAAAUACAAUAUAUAUAUAUAUAUACAGAUUAAAGUUAGUUAUGUUAAAAUGUAUAGUGAUUUUCUAUAAUAUUAUGGACUGUAUAAUUAAUUAUGCAAAUUAGCAUUACAUUUUUUUUUUUGCAAUAAAGAUGGCAACCUUACAUAUGAAUUACACACUGCAUGAAUUGUUACUGUGUUAAUUUUAACUUUUUAACUUGUUCUCUUUAGAGCUAAAGAAAAAUGACCCCUUACAGGAUGAUGACUACCAGUCAGUCAAGUAUUCCCUCAUUGGUACAACUCAUGGUAGCAGCACUGAACAAACAACCAACCCAAUCACAUGA